ACGCCAGCGGGAUAGUUCCUCUACUAUCCACGCCACCAACUAUUACCUUUAGUAAUCAGGUGGCGAGUGAAGCGGAGCGGAGCGAGCCACCGAGCCCGAAGCGUGGCGAGCGUACUUUUCGGGUACCCUGUUCGCCCGUAGCUCCUCCCCAUGGUGACGUGUCUCCUCUCCUAGAUACGUCAGAAGGUCCCUUCUCCCACUCCGAAAUAGAAUCAACCAUGUCCGCUCUGAGGGUGACCCGCCGGGUGCUGCAGCACGUUGCAAAGCAUGGACGGAGAGCGCAGUCCUCCACCGCCCCUCACACUGCGGCCGCCUCAGCCUCCCCCUCCGGCUUCAGCUUCGAGCUCAGCGAGCAGCAGAAGGAGUUCCAAAGCACCGCUCGGAAGUUCGCCAGAGAGGAGGUCAUUCCCGUAGCCGCUCAGUAUGACAAAACGGGGGAGUAUCCAGUUCCUAUUAUCAAAAGAGCGUGGGAGCUUGGGCUGAUGAACGGACAUAUCCCGGAACACUGCGGCGGAAUGAACCUCAGCAUCUUUGAUACAUGUAUGAUUACUGAGGAAAUUGCUUAUGGAUGCACCGGUAUUCAGACCGCCAUAGAGGCCAAUUCCUUGGGACAAAUGCCGGUGAUCAUUGCCGGGAACCAGGCCCAGCAGAAGAAGUACCUGGGAAGAAUGACUGAGGAGCCCCUGAUGUGUGCGUACUGCGUCACUGAGCCGGGGGCUGGCUCUGACGUGGCUGGUCUGAAGACUAGAGCGGAGAAGAAGGGCACCGAGUACAUCGUCAAUGGGCAGAAGAUGUGGAUUACCAACGGAGGCAAAGCUAACUGGUACUUUCUUCUGGCUCGCACCAACCCUGAUCCAAAAGUUCCAACAGGAAAGGCUUUCACGGGGUUCAUUGUGGACGCUGACAGCCCAGGAAUACAGAUUGGUAGGAAGGAACUGAAUAUGGGUCAGCGAUGCUCGGACACCAGGGGGAUUGUAUUUGAGGACGUCAGGGUUCCUGCUGAAAACGUUCUGAUUGGAGAAGGAUCUGGCUUUAAGAUUGCAAUGGGAGCUUUUGAUAAGACCAGACCGCCGGUGGCAGCCGGCGCGGUCGGACUAGCUCAGAGAGCUCUGGAUGAAGCUACCAAGUACUCGCUGGAGAGGAAGACAUUCGGGAAAGUGCUUGCUGAGCACCAAGCCGUCUCCUUCAUGCUGGCCGAGAUGGCCAUGAAAGUGGAGCUGGCACGUUUGGCCUACCAGAGGGCUGCUUGGGAGGUGGACUCUGGCAGGAGAAACACCUACUACGCCUCCAUCGCCAAGGCGUUCGCAGGAGACAUUGCUAACCAGGUGGCUUCGGACGCUGUCCAGGUGUUUGGAGGAAAUGGAUUUAACAGCGAUUACCCGGUAGAAAAGCUGAUGAGAGAUGCUAAAAUCUAUCAGAUCUACGAAGGGACCGCGCAAAUCCAAAGACUGAUUGUGGCCCGUGAGCAUUUUAACAGAUACAAAGCGUAACAAAAUCCUCACCCCCAUUCUACCUCUGAGAACUGUUCUGCGUAGUGCUGGCCUUAAUUACACAUUUAAUCUACGUUGUCCAUGGACUGCAGGAAAUCGACCUCUAAUCUGAGCUUUUAUAAGCACCGGAAUGUAUUGCUGUAUAAUCACCUGCAAAGAGACGCUUUUAUAAUGUUCCUAAUUGUGUUGCAUUUUUACGUUUCUAUAACUAUGCAAUAUCCACAAGACCUGUUACUAGUCACUUGUUGUGAGAUCUCUGUACAUCAGGGAAUGGGAAUGGAGUGUUAAUCCAUAAAACAAAUUCUAAUCUAACAUUAAACAAUUUAGACUGUU